AGAGGAUCCGCCGGAUUCACGCAACCGGGUUUUAAUCGACCGGGACAGAACCCGAUUUCUAAACGGGAAAACAAUUUGAAACAGAUCCGUUGAAAUCAGUUCGGGUCCAUUAAAGCAUUCAUGACUUCCACCAGCAUGAAGAUGCAGCCGGUAGACGAGAGGGAGGUGGUGGCAAGGAUGGAAUGCGCUGCAAGGGGAAGGACAGCAACAGCUUGCACCGGACCUGCUACCAGACGCUGUGGCGUCUGCGGAGCCGUCGCUUACUGUUCUCGCUCUCACCAGAUUUCACAUUGGAAUGAUCAUAAAGGCGAAUGUGCAAGAUUCGAAAAACAAAUGAGAUGUGCAGAUGCCUUGCAUGAUUUCCCAUUUACAUUCUCUGGAGACACCACUCUCCAGGUGACACGAUGUUCCUUCUUGACGACAAGGGGCCUUCACCGAAUAGGGCUGUGGAAAUAUGAAUGCAGUUGUUGCCCAUCAGUUUCUUCUUCCGAUUGUCUGAGGAUAAAUGAUGAUUGGAAUCUUCCAAGUGACUUAUGCCCAUGCACGGAGCCAAUAAAUUCAGUAUCAAUGCGUUUGAGUAGUUGGAAGGAUUACUAUCAGUGGAGGUGCCUCCCGCUCAAUUCACCUGUUGCUUUGCUACUCCAUUGGCCUCUUACCAUAUACCAGGGCGUUCAACUUGCUUCCAGCAUAAGACCAAUUUCCGAAAUUAGAAGCAAAUUGCACAUCCAUUAUUUAGGGCCUGUUAAAGAGCUUCUGCAACUUGCAGUCUUUGGGGAGCUACAUGCACUAUUUCCUGGUCUUCAAGUACACAUCGAACUUGUUGGACCAGAAGUUCCACAAAUAAGGGAUGGUGAGAGGAUCAACCUCUACAAUUAUGCUCACUGCGUUGAUGCAGAUUGCACUUGCAAAUCUGCAGGAGAGAAUGCAAAUUGGAGGGUAUCUAAUGGAAGAACUUCUCUAGUAGCUUUGCAGCUUUGGAGUGGUUUUUAUCAUGACCGUUGUCAAGAAAUAGUGAAGGAUUCCUUCCCGCACUUAAUUGUUGCUUCAAAUGCUGGAAUAGCCGCAUAUCCUAGCUGGUUACCAACCAUCGAACUAAUACAAAAGAUGGGUGUACCAGCGAUUUUUUCUGAUUACUGUGAAGAAGCUGCGCAUCUAGCUGCUCGUUGCAUAACCUCUGUAACAGGAUGCCCUCUCACAAUUCCUGUUCAACUAAAUCCAUAUAGGCAGCCAAUGGCAGUGGAAGAUAGUGCUCUUUAUCUCCCUUGCUAUUCGAAUUGCUUUCUGUUUGGGAUGUGAUGCAAGGCCAUGCACUUGUUAGUCCUUUUGUUUGCCAAAUGAUGAAAUGUAUUAC